AUGUCUCGCGCAAGAGAUAGUUCUACCGAAAGUGAGAGUGGUCCAUCAACUCCUAAAAAAAUAAAAAAAAAACAUUAUACACAAAAAUUGAGAGAUGAAUGGCUGAGUGACACGAACUUUAAGACUUCGCUUCAACGUGAUCCAAAAGACCCGUUUCGUACUAUUUGUGUAAUGUGUGAUGCGAAAAUGUUCACAGACAGAGUGUCCUUGAAGAGGCACAGUGAAGGAAUCAAACACAUAAAAAAAACUAAAUCAAUGUCAUCAGAAGAGAAACGAAAAACAGCUGAAAUUAAGUUGGCGGCAUUCAUGGCGGAACACAAAAACCUCACACAAAGUGAUGGACCAUUUAAUUAA